AUGCCCAUUUAUGUUAAUUUAUUCUUCCUUUUCUUCUACCUUUUAUUCUUACCCCACUUUCUUUUCACCUUUCUUUCCUCACACCCCUGCUUCUACAUCUGCUUUCUUAUAUCUUUUCUUCUCUUUAUCUCCUUUCCUAAUAAUUCCGACACUGAUGAUUGUUGGUUUGAUCUUUUUCGUUAUCUAUCUAUCUAUCUAUCAACGUAUGAUCAUAUCUAUCAAUCAAUCUAUCACAGUAUGUUCAUAUCUAUCUAUCUAUCUAUCUAUCUAUCUAUCUAUCUAUUACAGUAUGUUCAUAUCUAUCUAUCUAUCAUAUCUAUCUAUCUAUCUAUCUAUCUAUCAAAGUAUGAUCAUAUCUAUCAAUCAAUCUAUCUAUCUAUCUAUCUACCUAUCUAUUACAGUAUGUUAAUAUCUAUCUAUCUAUCUAUCUAUCUAUCUAUCUAUCUAUCUAUCUAUCUAUCUAUCUAUCUAUCUAUCUAUCUAUCUAUCUAUCUAUCUAUCUAUGCCAUUCUGUUCGGUAUCAAUGACUUUCCGUAA